CAUACGGUUUUGGAAAUACUUCUCAUUGUGUUUUUUUUGGUUUUUUUUAUGUAAAAAAAUAUACUUUUAAAUAAACAUUACAAGAGGGUAUUGAAAACUGAUUUUUAUUAAAAUAUUAAUAAUUAAUGUUAAUGCCCCGUGACGAUUUAGUAUUUUUUAUUUUUUUUCUAUAAAACCGCAAUUAUCUGCGGCCAGUGUUUCAUUGAAAAUAUCUUUCGUAAGAAAGAAAAGAAAAUUUCAAAAUGCCUUUUAUGAAAGGUAUCGAGCCUAUUAGAAGAACAAUUAAAUAUUUAAAUGCAGGUAGAUUAGUGUUAAAAGAUGAAAUACAUAUAUUGUCCAUUAAUUACAAUACUUUUGGUGAUCAUCACAGUGGAAUGAGACAGUUUGUAUUUUGGCAUUUAGCUCAAUUGCAAUAUAAAAAUCCUGAUGUUCAAAUUAUUACUUUUAAAAAUAUGACACCAUCACCUUUCGUAAGAUGUUUCUACGAUAAUGGAAAGAGAAUGUUAAUUGACGUCGACAGUAAAGGAAAAGAUGAUAUUAUGGAACAUUUAAUAAAAGUCAUAGGAAAAUCUCAGAAUACGUUAGUGAAAGAGGCGACACUUCGCGAAAAGAAAGAUAAUCCGGCAAACUUUGGUUAUGGAUGUGAGAGAAGUUGUAUGUGUAUCAUUCCCGGUCAACUUCCUUGUCCUCAAGUUGUUCCACUUCCAAAUCAUAUGCGUGGCAAAUUUAUUCGUAAUCCUGAUGCUUAAUUUUCAUUAAAUAUAGGUUUGUAAAUAAUGUAUUUGUUAAUUUUUCCAAUACACUUUUUAUCCUUGUAUAAUUAUAUAACAUACAUCGAUAA